UCUAAAUAUAUGUAAGCAAAAAUCACCAAGUGCAUUAUUUCUACUUGCGUGAUGGAUAGAAGACUUUGACAGACAUGAAAAAUUGUAACAAAAUGAUUUUAUCAUAUAUACCUAUCAUUGUCGUUCUGGGAGCACUUGGCACAGUCGAUUGUCUGGAAUGUUACUCCUGUUCGGGUGUGUCAUCGGUCAACAGCUGUAUCUCAACUACUCAGUGUCGAACUGGACAGUCAUGUUAUGCAAACUCCUUUACAUCUGGACAAGACACAAAGUUCACAAUGGGAUGCACUAAUAACGACCAAUGCGGUAUUCAAUCAGGAAUUGUUGGUCGAGACGUUAGUGAACGAGAAACGAGUUGCCAUGAAUGCUGCAGUACAGCGAGGUGUAACAAUCAACUAUGUAUCCACUUUAAACCUACAACGUGUAUGGACGAUGUGAAAGUAGAUUGUGCUUACUUAAAUGCUAUGUUCAACAUAUGCAAAGAUAUUCAGCAUUCGAAAAAUGUAUGUCCAAAAUUCUGCGGCCUAUGCACAUUAGUGGAUGGAAACUGGGCAGAAUGGUCGCAAUGGUCUGGUUGUGACGUAACCUGCGAGAAAGGGCUGCAGACAAGAAAAAGAACAUGUACCAACCCUCCGCCGGCACACAAUGGCCUUGACUGUGUUGGGAACAAAACCGAUACAAAAACAUGUUUAUUACAGCCAUGUCCAAUUCACGGUGGAUGGACAGGGUGGGAAAAUUGGGGCGCAUGCUCAGUAACAUGCGAUGUAGGAAUUCAGAGAAGGGUUCGUAACUGCACAAAUCCCUAUCCUUCACGCUUUGGAGAUCAUUGCUUUGGAGAUCCACUUGAAGACAAAAUAUGUGUGCAAGGUCCAUGUGCAAACGGAGGAUGGUCUACCUGGGGAGCGUGGACAUCUUGCUCCGUGACGUGUGAUGGAGGUUUGCGGUCCAGAUUAAGGAAGUGUACAAAUCCUGUGCCAUCUCUUCAUGGGCAAUAUUGCAUUGGGGAAGUUUCAGAGGUUGAAGACUGCAACAAACAAGAAUGUGCCUCUGUGGUGUUUCUCGCACAUGCCCUUAGCACAUACAGUGUAAGCAAUGGUGAGAGAUUCAUCUUUACAACAAACCUUGUCAACGUGGGCGGAGCAUACAGCAAUACAACUGGAUAUUUUACAGCACCGGUGGAUGGAUCUUAUUCUUUUAGUUACCAGUUUUGCUUUCUUACCCUAAGUAAAAAUAUGUAUAUUAAUAUCAUGAUUAACAACUCAUAUUAUUCUGCGUCUCAUUUUUAUGAGGCAAAUACAUACGUCUGCAACACAUCAAAAGUAUUUGUUUACCUUAAAAAGGGAGACAGGGUUUGGGUAAGAUGUAGCAGCGCAGACAGUGGGACUAAAAUGCUUGAAAAUGAAAGCCACAUGAAUUCAUUUUCUGGUAUUUUGAUUCGAAGCUAAGAGUAUUCAAGUACUUUCAUUAUUAAGCCUAUAAAACAGUAUUAAAUUUCAUGCAUAAAACAUUGAAUUAUAUAAUGUACAAAUCAGAUUAAAAUGUUUAAUUUCAUUUUUUAUAUCUAGACUUCAUUUAUAAAUAUGUUUAUUUUUGAAAUAACACAUGCAAUUCUUGAAUGUUUUUCUUCUUCUAUUUUUAUUUACAUUUUAGCAAGAACAGUAUAAAUUAUUAUUAUCCACUGUUGUGUACAAUAAAUAAACGUCGCACCAUAAUCAUACAUGAUAUUAUAGGUUGUAGAAGAUAUUUUAUAAUUAUCUUUUGUUUUUAUUGCAACAAAAUAGAAUAAAGGCGGAUAAUAUAUAGACGUAAGCGCGAGUAGGAUAAUGUCCAACCUAAUUUAACAUUGUUUCGAACAUUAGACUCGUAUCAGUAUGUGUUACUUCUUGUGAGUUUUAUUUUUAUGGGGAAAAGUAUUGAAUCUACAAUGUAUUUUUCUGUUAUAAUUAUUCAAUUGUAAAGCUGAAAUUUGAAAAAAAAAGAUAAUACCAAUACAAGAUAAAAUUGGACAUUUUCAAUGUCUUUUUAGAAAUUAUUCUGAACGAGAAAUGAUCUUAAAGUCAAGAGUAUUUGUUGGUUUUCACGUCAAUUUUGAUGCAUUUUUGGUCAUAUCUCUGCUGUAGGUAUACCUAACUGGUAUUCCUGACAUUACUUAUUUCUCUGCAAUUGACCAUCUACUAAUUAAUGAUGAUUUAUGAAUCAGACAUACAUGGCCAUUUGUUACGCUAAAUUUAUGCCUCGCUGCGGAUCCAACCAGCAACCCCUUCAUUAUAAGGGGUAGUGUAUUAAAUAUACGUUUAAAUAUAAGUGCAGAACUGUGUUCUCAUUUAAGGAAUAAUAUACGAGGAAGAUAAAAAGAAAACUUUAGAUAGUUAUCGUUAAAACUUGAAAAGACACUGUCCUGAAUAAGAUACCCCAUGCGAGACCGUGGCAAUAGGAUAUUAUGUAGUUUCAUGUUAAAAUAUCAUAUUGAAUGAAAGUUAUACUCUGAACGAACAUAUGAAGUAUAAACAUAUAGAGUUCUUGAGCGCUGCUCUUUAUAUCCACCAUCGAAGUGUUAAAUUGAUACCUCAAAUGCUUUUUGAGUAAUUGCCUGUAAGGACAUUAUUGAAUUAUUGACGAUCAAUGUAAUUUUAUGUUGAAUGUAAUGAAUUUAUGAACAUGACGGUUUUACAAUGUAACGUGCUGUUUUGUCUAAAUAUGUUCAUUUAUAACAAAGCAUUGGUUAAAUUUAGCACAAUU